AGUAACUUGUGUAAAGCCUGCCGCAGUUCUUAUCAAGAGCACAUCUAUGAAUUUCUGUGUGGUGUGUGUGAAGUCUGUGGCUUGAGCGAGUCAGAUAGAGAGAGAAUGGGAGAGGGGGAGAGAGAAGAGGAAAUGCAGUCUGCGUGUGACUCUUGAAAAGUCCAUUUGAUUUCAGUUGCAGAGCUGAUCUCCAGCUUGACAAAAAUGCCCAACUACACAGUGACUGUGGCCACAGGCUCUCAGUGGUUUGCUGGAACCGAUGACUACAUCUAUGUGACCCUGGUGGGAUCUGAGCGAUGCAGUGAGAGGACCCUCCUGGAUAAACCCCUCUAUAACGACUUUGAGAGAGGAGCGGUGGACUCAUAUGACAUCAGUGUGGGAGAAGACCUGGGUGAGAUCGAGCUGGUGAAGAUUGAAAAGAAGAAAUACUGGGUGCAUGAUGACUGGUACUGCAAAUACAUCACGGUGAAGACGCCCUAUGGAGAUUACAUUGAGUUCCCUUGCUUUCGCUGGUUAACUGAUGACAAAGAGGUGAUCCUCAGAGAUGGCAGGGCUCGACUGCCACAGCAUGAAAAGACCGGAGUGGAAAAACAGCACAGGCGCAAAGAACUAGAACAGAGGCAGAAGAUAUACAGAUGGAAGGAGUGGCACCCAGGCUUCCCUAUGAGUAUAGAUGCCCAAACCCACAGUGGGCUUCCACGGGACAUUCAGUUCGACAGCGAGAAAGGAGUGGACUUUGUGCUGAACUACAGCAAAGCGAUUGAAAAUCUGUACGUUAACCAGUUCAUGCACAUGUUCCAGUCCUCAUGGGGCGAUUUUGCAGACUUCGAGCGCAUAUUUAUGAGAAUUAAGAAUACAAUAUCAGAGUAUGUGAUGGAGCACUGGAAGGAGGACUUCAUGUUCGGAUACCAGUUCCUGAACGGCUGUAAUCCAGUGGUCAUCAGGAAAUGCACAGAAAUUCCUGACAAAUUUCCAGUCACAACAAAGAUUCUCGAGGAGAGUCUGGAGAGGGGUCUCACGCUGGAAGAAGAGCUCAAGGAAGGAAACAUCUUUAUAGCUGACUAUGAGCUGUUAGAUGGUGUUACUCCCAAUGCCACGGACCCAUGCACGCUUCAGUACUUGGCUGCACCCAUCUGUCUGCUUUACAAGAACAGUCAGAAUAAAAUCAUGCCGAUCGCCAUCCAGCUGGGUCAGAGCCCAGGAGAGGAUAACCCCAUCUUCGUCCCGACUGAUGAUGAGCACGACUGGUUGCUGGCCAAGAUCUGGGUCAGAUCUUCAGACUUCCACGUACACCAGACCGUCACACAUCUUCUCAGGACACAUCUGAUAUCUGAGGUCUUUGGCAUAGCCAUGUUCAGACAGCUGCCUGCGGUGCAUCCUGUUUUUAAGUUGCUGUUACCUCACAUUCGUUUCACCAUUGCCAUUAACACCAAAGCUCGCGAGCAGCUCAUCUGUGAGUGUGGACUCUUCGACAAGGCUAAUGGGACAGGUGGAGGUGGCCAUGUAGAACUGGUCCAGAGGUCCAUGAAGACCUUCACAUACAGGUCCUUGUGUUUCCCAGAGGCCAUAAAAGCACGAGGCAUGGACAGCCGAGAGGAACUGCCCUACUACUUCUACAGAGAUGAUGGCUGCAGCGUCUGGGAGGCAGUGAAAAGUUUUGUGACAGAUGUGGUGAACAUCUACUAUGAAAAAGACGAGACAGUCCAGGAAGACGAAGAGAUCCAGGCAUUUGUGAAAGAUGUUUGCAGCUUUGGAAUGCAGGACUGUGACUACUGUGAGUUUCCCAAGACUUUACAAACCAAAGAGCAGCUGGUGGAGUAUCUAACUAUCGUCAUCUUCACUGCCUCUGCACAACAUGCUGCAGUAAACUUUGGCCAGUUUGACUGGUGUUCAUGGAUCCCAAACUCCCCCCCAACCAUGCGGAAGCCUCCUCCAACGAAGAAGGGCGAGGUGGAUUUGAAAUACAUAGUGGAGAGUCUGCCUGAUCGAGGACGCUCCUGCUGGCAUCUGGGGGCCGUGUGGGCCCUCAGUCAGUUUCAAGAAAAUGAGUUGUUCCUAGGUAUGUAUCCAGACGAACACUUCAUUGAGAAACCUGUGAAGGACGCCAUUGUGAAAUUCGGCAAGAAUCUUGCAGAAGUGACUAAAGUCAUCAAGAACCGAAAUGAUGGAAAGAGGCUGCCUUACUACUAUCUGUCCCCAGACAGAAUCCCAAACAGUGUGGCUGUCUGAUUCACCAAUCGCACGGGGUCAGAAGCACUAUGCUAGUAGUGUUUUAUCAGAGUGUUUCAUGUGUUAAAAAUUGGAAAAAGAAAUCAUUUUAUAUUUACAUCGACAUUUAUGCAUUUAGCAGAGACUAUUAUCGAAACCGGCUUACAGUUUAUUCAGAUUAUACAUUUUUUUUACCAGUAUGUAUCUAUAUAUAUCUAUAAAGUAUGCCACACUCUUGAAAAUAAAGGUUCUUUAUUGGGAUCUUUGGUGCCUGGAAGAACCUUUAACAUCAAUGCAACGUUUCCAUUUUUUUCAUAGUGGAAAAAGUAAAAUAAUGUUCCUUUACGAUCUGGUCACUGAAAGUCUUCUAAAUGAUUCUUCUAUGGCUUCACUUUGAAACCCAUUUUUGGAUUUUUUUAUUGUUAAGAGUGCUGAUGUGAUGUAAGAGAAGUUUCAUUGUUAUUUAUGUAUGAUUUACUUUUUUGUGAGUAAGAAUAAAUUAUGUAAUUACAGA